AUGGCUUCUAGAGGUAGGAAACUUAACAAGGAUUGGGAGAGUAAUUCGCUGUUACUGUUAUUCUAUUGGGUGGCUUUUUUCACUUCAAACCCUUCCUCUUCACUAUAUAAAAACAUUACGUACACAACACAACCCCCCACUCUCUCUCUCUCUCUCGCUUCCUCCUCUACCCCAAAAAAACAUCUCUUUCUUUCUCUCUUUGAGGCUACCUCGAUUGAUCUCUUUGGGUUUGUGGUUGCGGCGGUGGUGGUGGAACAUGGAGGCUCAAGAAGAAGUUAUCGUCAUGGGGGGUCUAAGGAGAAUACCCACAUCGUCAAAGGGAAGCGCACCAAGCGCCAGAGGCCUCAAUCACCUAUCCCUUUUGCCAUGAUCAGUACUGUUAAUUCACCGACCGGAGAAGGAGGCGGUACUGGCGCUGGUGGAGGUCUCGAUGGUGAAAAGAACUGCAAUAUUGAUACCAUUAACGAUGACAACACCAGCUUCUCGCCGGCCACUUCCACUGAAUUACUACAAGAUAGCACUACCGAGGAAGAAGAGGACAUGGCCAAUUGCCUAAUCCUUCUUGCUCAAGGUCAGACCCGGCCUGAGACCCCAAGACAAGUCGAAGUAGAUCACGGUGGUGGUGGUAGUGGUGGUGGUGAUGCUUAUAAGUUUAAUAGUCGAAGAUUCUUAGAAGCAGCAGCAAACGGCACGGGCAAGGCCGGGUAUUAUGUCUACGAGUGCAAGACUUGCAAGCGGACUUUCCCUUCCUUCCAAGCGCUAGGUGGGCACAGGGCUAGUCACAAGAAGCCCAAGGCAAUGGCAGCCGCGGAGGAAAGGGAAAGGUCAUCGAAGCAGUUCUUGUUGUCGUCGGAUGAUGAUCAAGAAGCGCAGUCCAAGAAGAACGAUCUCAUCUCUUCUCUGUCUCUCCAAUUGAGCAGUAGUAGUAGAGGUUUGGGUAGCAAUAAUAACAGGUCUAAGGUUCACGAGUGCUCCGUUUGUGGGGCGGAAUUCACGUCCGGCCAGGCCUUAGGCGGCCAUAUGAGACGGCACAGGGCGCCUAAUAUGGGAACCAAUACCACUUUGUCCUUUACUUCUCCAUCAUUGGCGUUGGAGCCUGAUCAUCAUCAUGAUCAAGAAACCAAGAAGCCAAGACAGAUGCUUUCCUUGGAUUUGGAUCUCAACCUUCCGGCCCCAGAAGAUGAUCACCGAGAACCCAAAUUCCCUUUUGCAACAAAACAGCAUCAGCAAAAGCAACAGCAACAACCACAACAACAGCAACAACCUCUUGUCUUCUCCGCUCGGACUUUGGUGGAUUGUCACUACUAAAAAAACAGGGUCAGACUUCUUAUUUGUUUCUCCGUUUAUCUUCAACGCUUGAUCUCAAAGCUAAGACGAGGGGAAUUACCACAAUUGUUUUUCUUUUAUUUACCAUUCAAAAAAGUAAACGAUUCUUUAAA